UCACCCUCCGACUGACCUUUUCUUUCCCUUCCCUCUUCCUCACCUCGCGUACUCACUCUCUGCGCGCCGACGACGACAGCAACCACCUCCUCCCUCGCCGCCGCCCCCCGGCAUCACCUCUCAGCACUCUCCCCACCAUGGCUCUCUCCAAGUCCAGCCGGAUCAUCAUCCUCCUGGUGAUUGAUUCGUGCUUCUUCCUCCUCGAACUCGUCAGCGGAUACUCCGUCCACUCUCUCGCCCUCGUCGCCGACUCCUUCCACAUGCUGAACGAUGUCCUCUCACUCUGCGUGGGUCUUUGGGCCGUCAAAAUGGCAAACAAGAGCUCGGCGCCGAAAAUGUACACAUAUGGAUACCAGCGUGCGGAGACAUUGGGAGCAUUGGUCAAUGGAGUCUUCCUCGUCGCGCUGUGUGUGACCAUCUUCUUGGACGCCAUUCAGCGAUUCGUCGAGCCGCAAGAAGUUUCCAACCCACAAUUGGUGCUCAUCGUCGGCUGUCUCGGUUUGGCCUCGAACUUGGUCGGAUUGGUCCUGUUCCACGAUGUCGGGCACAGCCAUGGAGGAGGAGGACAUGGCCACGAUCACGGUGACGACAAUGCCGUGAAGGAUGCUGAGGAGGGCCAUGCGCACGAUCACUCGGGACACUCCCACUCUCACGCCGCGCCUGCAUCUACUGAAGAGCAUACACACAACGGCGUCGGGCGCACGUCCAGCGAAUCCACCGCUGUCAAGCGUCGUCACAGCCGCUCUCAUUCCAAAUCAUACGUCAACUACGAAGACUUCCCCGGUCCAGCAGGGUUCCGCAACUCCAUCAUCGCCCACGGCCGUCUUGAAGCUCUCGAGUCGGAGGAAGGCACGGACGGUGAAGCCUCCCCUGCCGAGAACGGCAAUGCCACUACUGAAGCCGAUCCUCUCCUCAUCGCCUCGCAUGCUGGCUAUGGUUCAGUCCCGCGAAAGUCCAUCGACCACGCCGAACACAACCACUCGAAACCUCGCGAGAGCGGAUCCGGUGGAGGACAUGGUCACUCUCACGGCGAUCUCAACAUGAAGGGCAUCUUCCUCCACGUCAUGGGCGAUGCCCUCGGCAACAUUGGUGUCAUCGCAACAGCACUGAUCAUCUGGCUCACGAAAUUCCCUGGCCGCUUCUACUUCGACCCGGCCAUCUCUCUCGUCAUCACCAUCAUCAUCCUCUGCUCGGCCAUCCCUCUCUGCAAAGCCGCAUCCCGCAUUCUCCUCCAAGCCGUGCCUCACGGCAUUGAAGUCGACGACAUCCGCGAUGAUAUCCAGGACCUGCCCGGUAUCGAGUCCUGCCACCACCUCCAUGUCUGGCAACUCUCCGACACCAAGCUCGUCGCCUCCCUCCACGUCCGAGUCAACUUCAACUUCCGCGCCGAGGGCUCGCAGCGAUACAUGCAGCUGGCAUCCGCCAUUCGUCAAUGUCUGCAUGAAUAUGGCAUUCACUCGUCGACCAUCCAGCCGGAGUUCCACCGUGGCAGCGAGUACGAGGGAGACGAUGGACACCGCAAUGCACCCGCGCCGGGCGAAGGCGGUGAUGAGCAGGACUGCUUGUUGGACUGUGGUGAUGGAUGCGGUGAUGGUGGCAAGAGCUGCUGUCCGCCGGCCCAGAGGAACGGGAGCGAGGCGAGCAGUGGUGCUGGGCAUGAAGGGCAUCGGCAUUGA